AUGGCUGGCCUGCGCAUGUCACUGAUAGUGAAUUGGAACCGUACUUUGUUCGCCGGUAUGAACUAUCGGUAGAUCAGCAGUGUGUUACGUGGGGAAAUCGGGUAAUUGUUCCGCACUGUUUGCGUAACCAAGUAUUGGCACUUUGUCAUGAAGGUCACCCCGGAGUUACGCGCAUGAAAAUGCUCGCGCGCAGCUAUGUCUGGUGGCCUCAGUUAACCCAAGAUAUUGAAAAUAUUGUUAAAAGUUGCUGUACUUGUCAGUUGACGCAGAACGCUUCACCUAAGGCCCCACUACAAACUUGGGGUUGGCCGAGCCGCAGAUGGCAGCGAAUCCACCUGGAUUUUGCAUUCGCAGACAACAAGUGGCUCCUCGUGCUGGUGGAUGCCCACUCCAAGUGGGUGGAGGUGUUUGUGAUGAAUUCAACAACGACCGAGAAGACCAUCGAGAGGCUGCGUGGGGUGUUCGCAUCGUAUGGCCUUCCAGAGGAGGUUGUUACGGACAACGGGCCUCAGUUCACGGCAAAGAGUUUCACAGAGUUCCUGCUUAAGAACGGAGUGCGGCACACCAGAACACCUCCCUACCACCCCGCAUCCAAUGGAAGCGCCGAGAGAUGCGUCCAGACGGUGAAACGGGAUCUUACGCGACAGCUUCUCGACGAAAGGUCAUCGGGCCAGAGUAAGACCCUACAGCACCGCAUAGAUCUCUUUCUGUUCAGGUACCGGAACACACCGACCACAACCACGGGGCAGACACCAGCAGAACUGUUUUUGUCGUGGUCGCCCCGCACUCGCCUGACUAUGCUACAGCCAGACCUGGAGAGACGGAUGGAAGAACGGUUCUCCAAAGUAAAGGCCCAAGUUGACGAAAGAAGAGGGUCGGAAAGAGCUUACAAAGAGGGGGAAAGCGUUCUGGUCCAAGGCCUUCGUCCAGGUGAUCCCAAGUGGCUGAUAGGUGUCAUCGAAAGAAGGUGCAGUGCCGUUACGUACCUUGUGCGCGUAGGAUCCGAAAACAGGUUCACGCAUGUAGACAAUUUACGUCCGCGCUACUUUGAGAGUGUCGAAGAAGGCCCCAGUGAGCGUCCCUGUUUCGUGCCCAGCUCAAUUCCAGAACCUGGGUCCGAAGCCCCUCCUACGAGCCCCCGUCCCCUUCCGGUUCGUGAGCCUCCCAGGUCUGCUACCGCACCGCCGGAGCCACCCGGAGACUCAGCUCCCUCGGAACAACCAAAUGCAAGUCCACAUCAAGGCUCUGCCCCGGCAGCGUCCCCUCUGCGAAUACCUGCGUCUCCUCUGGGCGCUCAGACUCUUCGACGCAGUGCUCGUACAAGAAAACCUCCCGAUUGGUAUAGGCCAUAAACAUUGUAGGAAGGAGUGUGGUGUCAUGCGAAGCCAGUGUGACGUCACGCUGAUAGCGCCGGUGCUUCAUGGCUAUAUAAGCGCUGUGAACCGGGCGCUCAGUGUUCUUUUGUGCUCAGUAUUCAUGUAGUAA